CGGCGGCGGCAGCAGCAUCAAAGAGCCCCGAUUCCUGCCGCCCUGGGAGCCAUGCGCCGCGGUCUGUAAUGUCAGCGGAACAGGAGAAGGACCCCAUCGCGCUGAAGAGAUCCCGAGGUGGUGACAGUGGAUUGGAUGGGUUAGGAGGACCAGGAGUACAGCUUGGAAGCCCUGAUAAGAAAAAGCGCAAAGCAAAUACACAGGGAUCGUCGUUUCCUCCUCCAUCUGAAUAUGCUCCACCACCGAAUCCAAGCUCUGACCACCUUGUAGCUGCAAAUCCAUUUGAUGACAACUAUAACACUGUGUCUUAUAAACCACUUCCUUCAGGAAAUCCGUAUUUUAGUAAUCCUGGUUAUCCUGGUUUUGGGGGCUAUAACACUUUCAGAAUGCCACCUCACAUGCUGCCCAGAGUGUCCUCACCAUAUGGUGGUUCUUACUCUCUCAGAAAUCAGCCACACCCCCUUCCUCAAAAUCCUGUGGGAAUGGGUUUCAGUCGACCCCACUCUUUCAGCUUCGGUCCACAUGAUAACCCAGGUUUUGGGAAUCAGCCACCUUAUAGUGGUGGGCAGAUAAAUCAAAAUGUCAGUAUUCCUAGUCAACAUUUCAGACCAAAUCCUGCUGAGAACUUUGGUCAAACUAGUCAGAUACCUCACCCUGAUGUGCCAUCUAACUUUGGUCCUGGAAAUAAUCCAAAUUUCCCAAAUUCUCAGCUAGAUUCAAACCAUUCUUUUGUUCCUCCACCAAGCACUUACAACCAGACAAAAUCAUCAGCACAAAAGCAAGACUUUAGUCAAGGUGCAAGCAAAGCAUCCAGCCAGAACACUGCUACUCAUCAGCAUCAUCACAGGACAGAGGACAUUGUGAGUCAAGGUAACAGUGACCUAAAAAAUGUUACUCGAAACAAUGUGGUAAAUCAGGAUAACAGCCAUUCUAAUAGUGCUGAUAAUGCUAAUGCUGGCCAUUCAAAUGGGACUCAGAGUAAGUCCCGCCAGCCGCGAGGUAGCGCUGAAGGAUGCAACUCUGAAAAGAACAACAAAACGCCCCUUCAUCCCAGUCGUCAUGGUCACUCAUCCUCUGAACCAGUCUACCCAUGUGGAAUUUGUACACAUGAAGUUAACGAUGACCAGGAUGCCAUCUUAUGUGAAGCCUCUUGUCAAAAAUGGUUUCAUCGAAUCUGCACAGGUAUGACUGAGUCAGCUUAUGGCCUUCUUACAGCAGAAGCAUCAGCAGUUUGGGGUUGUGAUACAUGUAUGGCUGACAAGGAUGUCCAGUUAAUGCGCACUAGAGAAACUGCAGGACCACCUGCAUUGAAUACGGAUGGCUAACAACAUGAAUUGGUGGUAGUGGCUGAAAUACUUCUUACAAAGGUUUGAUUACAAAUUGGGUAUUUUACUUUCUGCAGACAAUCAGUUCUGUUUUAUUAUUAUUAUCUUUUUUUCCUUAAUCUGUUUUCACUCAAACUUGCAUCUCAGUUUUGGCACUCUUAGAUGUGCAAGCAUUCUAUUGUUUAAUCAGAAACAAGAAACACUUGAUCUUGUAAAACAAUUGACAUCCGAGCAGAAGGAGGAUGUGCAUUCAAAAUUUUGUUGAAGGCAGAAACUUGCCUACGUGAAUAGCUCCUAUUCACUGGUGUUAGUGUGUGAACUAGGACUAGCAUUUAGUGCUCAGUUUUGAUGGUACUAUACUUGCAGGUGCUCGUUACUUUUAUUAUUAUUAUUGGUGAUUGUCCAUUACUGAUAUUCUUGCUAAUCUUUCUUUGAAGGUAGUAGAGGUGACAUGGAGGAAUAUGCCGUACUAAUAUUUUUUUUAAAUUUAGGGAUAAAUAGAGGACUUAGUAUGCCAAAUAACUGAAUCUUCCUUUUUAAACAAUUCAUUAACACCAUUUUUAAAUUUAACUUCAUGCCUAGCAACAGAAUGAAGCCCACUAACUCUCACACCUUUAUAUUUCCUUGAAAAGGCAAUGAGCUCUUUGACUUCUCAGCAAAUACUUAAUUGCUGAGGACUCCUGCAAGGUCUUGCACUACUUAGAAAUGGUUUAAAAAAUAUCUUGUCAUUUAAAAAGUCAGAAAAGAUCAAGAUUGCAAAGUCCAAUGCUUUAAAUCUAGAGAAUACCAAAACUAGGGUUGCCUACGUAACCUCUUAAUUCAUUUAUCUUAAGCAUAUACAUCAGGAUACAGUCUCUGUUUCUGUUGUCAUUGUCGAGUCAUGCACCCCUGCUCCUUUCUCAUUGAUAGUUCUAGUCUCCAGCCUUGGUGCUGCCCAAUAAUUGUGAAUGAACUACUGCAGAGAAAGUCCUGCCCAUCUCCUAGGGCUUCAGUCAUUCUGAGCUUACACAGUCCACCUGGCAUGAAGAAGGGUGUGAAGGAAAGGAGUGUGCUCAGCACAAACUGAACUGCAAGAUAAUUUGGCCAGCAAAGUCUUAAAACUGAAAUCGCACCACUGCCUCAGCCAGUAUUUCAGUUUUUGGAAAAAACAAGAAAAGUCUUGGUUGAAGAAAAAUACAACUCACAUUACGAGAUGCGAGUUCACUGCCUAUCAGGAGUGAAUAAUCAAAAGUUUAGCUUCUUUGCUAAACUUGAAAUCCUACUAAAAAGCAUGAAUGGCACUAGAGCUUCAUGUGUGAUUGUAAGAAUUCUCUUUUAAUAUGGGUAAUUUGAUCUUAUUCUUGAUCUCAAAUAACUGUGUUUUCUUUGGGUCCUUUUUGUUUGUUUUGUUUUUGUUAAUAUGGAUGAGCAUCUAGCCUUGAACAUUUUAGCUUAAGCAGCUAGUUUGGUAAAGUUGUAUAUGCAAUUGCAAAUGAGAUUUUUAUGUAGAGAAAAGGUGUUAUUUGUUUCUUUUUACUUAAUAAAAGGUGGUACUCUGAUAACAGACUCUGCUAAUAAUAUGCACCACUGAUGGAAAGUUUUAAUUGACAGUCAUUUGAAAACUAAAUCAUAUGGCAAGCAUUACAGGUACUAGUCACAUUCCUUAAUGUGAUAAAAGGUGUUCAGAUCUGUGGUGAUGAGUAAUGUAAGAACCUAUAUAGAAUACAAAUGUGUGUGUGUACCUUAUCAUAAAAGCUACUUUUAUAUACUAAUAAAUGAAAAAUAAGAGGUGCUUGCCAGUUCACCAUUGUGUUUGAAUUAAAUUGGCUCUACUUUAGUAAUAAACUUUCCUGGGAGAUGCAUUUCUCUUUCUGCAGAUAUACAUAACCCUUUUAUUUUAAUACUGACAAGUUUUAUAUACCAUCUUUUGCCAAGGAAACAUUAAGUGCAGUAUCCCCCUUGUUUGUGUCUUACCUCUCAUCAGGAAAGAGGAAAUAAUGUCCAAGGUGUGAAUGAGACAAUUCAUAUCUUGAGGAUUUCCUGUAUGGAGAUGUAAAGAAAGUGUAAUGCAGGUUCAGGGCUUCUCUUUUCAGCGCUAUUUGCUUUGUUUAGUACAGAGAUUAUACUUAGUUUUGUUUUGUUAGGGGUGUUAAAUUUAAAAAGAAAAAACCCACACAAACUCCUGAAGAAAUAUCUUCAGUAGUUUUCCUUGUAACUAUUUGACUUCUGUUAGAAUUUCCUCUUGAUAUCUAAAGUAGAAGCUAAACUAAACCUUGUUUAGGUAAGUUUGCUCCUGUGGGAAAUAAAAUUAUUUCUAUUUUAACAGCUUGCACAGUGAAGCUUAAGGAGUUGGUUCCGAAUUACAGCAAUGUGAAUCAAAUCAGAAUUUUGUCUCCGUGUUUGGAAAUUCACCAGAAGAUCUGGUGAUGAUACUAUUAUCUAAGCACGCUAUUCACAAUACCCUAUACCCCUGCUGCCCAUUCCUAACAUGAGAAGAUGUUUCAGGGCAUUUGUUCUCAGAAGUUCAAUUAAUGUUUUAAGAUUUUGGAGCAGACACUAUAUUUAAAAUAGCUAUGUAUUUCUUGAAAUCUUUUCAAUCAAUUCUAUGUCAAGUGAGGCAAGUGUUUUCUAUAUUAGUUAGCAAGACAUUAGAAUACACAUAUAGUGUUCUUAUGAACUUAAAAUUUACUGGAAUAUAAUUAUAAGGCCUAAAUUGUAUUUGUGAAAGUUAUUCUAACAAAUUACUUCAGUUUUUCUAAACUGGUACUAUGUUGGGUUUGUAACCCAGUGAAUUUUCUGAAUAUAUUAACUUAAAUAUUGAAGGCAUUAGUAAAUGCCAAUUUUAAAAUAUCAAAUAAAACAAAAACUCUUACAACAUUGAUCAUAGAAAUAUGACUGAAUAGGAUCUCAAAAGGUUAUCUAGCCAGUAUGCUUGCCCUACUGAUAUGCUCUUGGUAUACCUGGAUUCUUUACCUAGAGGGAGAAUUACACUUCAUUUUUUCUCUGGAUGUAUUGACUAGUAGUAGUUCAAGUAUGCACAGGAAAAACAGCAAUCAUGUCUUAUAGUAAGGUAAUAGGAAAAUGUCAGCUGGGUAGAAAUAGAAAUUAGUUAUA